CCUGGCGGCCGCCAUUACAUAGCUAUGCGUGGUGGGCUGUCGAAUAGCGCGAAAAGCUGCCAGCGACUGUUAGCGUAAGCGGCAGCACGCACACACACACUCACACACUCUCUCUCUCUCUCUCUCACUCGCUCUCUCGCUCUCUCACUCAUACACACUCACACAAAGUAAGAGGCAUCUAUUUGCAUAGCCUCCAUCCAAACAUACGCUCACUUAGCAGCGUUAGCGAAUGAAUUUUUAAAGGAUCCAGAAGCCUCGGUCGCUCUUGGGAACACAAACACAAAAAAGCGGUCACGGAUGGCUCGCUGUGGAUGCUUUUUAUAUCCGUUCGGAUAGAUUUCUCUGUGAUUUCUGGCGGACUCGGGGGGAGAUAGCGAGUCUCGUCAGAUGGCUGUGUUUAUUCGGUGACUACAUCGCUACUGGAUCUCCUUCGUAUCUGAGGCUGUCAUCGGAUCUGACUGACGCUUUUGUUAGCCUACUUGAAACGAGCUGAAGAAAAUCUGGCGGCGAUAUCUGGGAGAGGACGUUUCGUAAUGGUCUAAUACAGAAAGGAAGGAAGAUAUUUUUUUCUGAAAACCUCGCUCGGCUGUUCUGUUUUCCUGCUGGUGGCUGACAAGACUUUUUUCGCGUAAGGAAGAAACGAACAGCGUUUUGUUUAAUCGCUGAGCGUAUCUUAAACGCGCUUGUUGUUAUCUUCGCCUGCCUUUACAUUACAUCUCCCCUAACUGACUGAACAAGAGGAGGGUCAGGCUUUAUUUUUAGCACCGCGGUCUUGUUCUUACUUCCAAAGUGAAACGAGGAUUUUGACCGUUCUUCCUCUCCGCCGCUCCGUUCGUGUGUGUGUUGUUGUGUGUCUGGGGACUAGGACGGUAAGAAAGCGAGUCUAUAAAUAGCUCCAAACUGCUCCAUCGACAUUAUUAUUUUCUCUUUUUUUGCCAGCUUCUCACAUGGAGGGCUGUGGAGGAGUCGCACGCGCCCGCUCGCGCUGUUUUAUUGUUCUUAACAGAGACGCCUCAAUAAACGUAUGAGUGGAUUAUAAACUGAAACUUCUGGGGCGCCACACUAGCGUCGAUAUUGAGACGAUUUCGUGGAUUUUGUGUGUGAAAGAGGGGGAGCGAAAAAACCAGCGGUCCUGUCCUUGUUUCAUCCUGUGGAUUAUAUGAUUAUUUGAUUAUUACACAGAAAAAACUGGCAUGGACAGGGAUCGUCAUAUUUCGCGGCGAGGAUUAAAAACACGGAUACCCACCGCAUCGCCACCAACAAUGAUUCGGUUUCAACCGCCUGACCUGGAGCGAGAGAAACGUCCGAGCAUCUUCGAGUCUGUGUGGAUGGAAACAAAGUGGUAGUUUCGCGUGAGAAUCGAUAAAGACAUUCCUGCGGAUUUGCCACACUGUAAAAUCACGCCUCCACUGUUUUACGCUCAGAUCGUGGCUCGCGGUGGGCUGCGUUGUUCCUGUCGCCUUUGAACGGUGGGUUUUUUUACAACUGAGGGAACUGAGGGUUUGCCAACCCCUCCGACCACCCACCCCCUCUGCUCGGUUCUGACACCGAUCGAGGAUCUCGACAUGCCCUACGCUGACGAGCCCAUCGGCGGACGAUUAUGACUACAGCAGCGAACUGGGUGGCUAACGGGGCGAGCCUUGAAGACUGCCAUUCCAACCUUUUCUCUCUGGCGGAAUUGACCGGCAUUAAAUGGCGGUGUUACAACUUCCGUGGUGGCGGUGAAUAUGGGCCGGUGAUUUCAGCACCUGCGCAGGACGACCCGGUGCUGCGCAGCUUCACGCGCUGCGUGCAGGCCAACCUGCUGUGUGUGUGGCGCCGUCGCGUCAAACCCGACGCCAAGGAGUUGUGGAUCUUCUGGUGGGGCGAUGAGCCCAACCUGAGUGACAUCAUACACCAUGAGCUGGAAGUGGUGGAAGAGGGUCUGUGGGAAUGUGGGCUCUCCUACGAGUGCAGGACACUCCUCUUCAAGGCCAUUCACAACUUACUGGAAAGAUGCCUAAUGGAUAAGGACUUUGUGCGAAUUGGCAAGUGGUUCGUCAAGCCUUACGAGCUUGAAGAGAAGCUUCUCAGCACCAGCAGCAGUGAGCACCUCUCCUGCUCCUUCUCCUUCUUCCUGCACGGUGAGAGUAAUGUGUGCACCAGCGUGGAGAUCGCUCAGCACCAGCCUACCUAUCACAUCACUGAGGAGCAUGUGCGCCUGGCCCAAACUUCUAGCAGCCCCAUACAGGUGAUCCUGAGUCCAUAUGGACUGGGAGGCACUUUGACAGGACAGGCCUUUAAGAUGAGCGACCCAGCAGUGCGGAAGCUUAUGGAGGAGUGGAGCCACUUCUACCCCAUGGUGCUAAAGCGCAAGGAGGGCGAGCGGGAAGAGGGUGACCCCACCUACGAUCCCCACAGCCACGUCGCCCUGGAAGUCAUUGUUGGUGGAGUGAGAAUGAUUUACCCAGCAGCCUUCGUACUCAUCGCUCAGGCUGAUCUGCCAGUGGAGCAGCCUCCUCCUGCUCAGGGUGCUCAGAGUGGCACCAGAGAUUCCUCCAACUGUGGCAUCCCCCUCACACCCCCCACCUCACCAGAGCAGCCCUGCUCAGGUGAUAGUGGCUUUCAGACCGCAGUCUCCAGCGUCACUAGUCAUGAGAGUGGCCCCACCCACAGCCCAAAGCACUCGGAGAAGAAGCUGACCAAUCAGAUGGUCCAUCAGGCUUGGAAAGAAUGCUAUGUAAACCAAUUACAGCGCAAAUGCAAUCUGUCCAACAGCAUGACGCCGAAGAAGGAGGUGUCAAACGGGCUGGCCACAUGGGACUUCACUGACCCUGGGGAGAGAGCCCCCUGCAGCUGCUCCAGGUUGAGGCAGCAGGCAAAGCAGCAGCAGGCGAGCAGCUCCUGUGCCAAUGCACAGCCUGGUGCCAACCCAUCCUCCUGCCCCACCUCUUCUGCCCCCUCCUUACCCCCAGCCUCCAUGCCCAAAUACAAGCCAGCCGACAAACCCGACAAAUCCGACAAGGCUCCUAAACGGGUGACUGUAACCCCUUUCCACCACCGCCUCUCUGUGGACCAGCAGCAAUGUUUGGAGCAGGAUGCCCAAGCCAGCUCCCAGCUGGCCCUUGUGCCCUUGGACCCUCCGCUGGAUUCCUUGCCCAGUUGCAAGUACCCUAAACCCCUGCCGGGAAUCAGGAAAGGCCCUGAAUCCCUCCUCCAUUCCCCAGUAUCGCCACUGCCCCCUACUCUAAGUCCACACCCCAGGGUGCAGGACCCUGAGUCCAUGGAGACCCCAGUGGGCUUGCCCCACUGCCUAGAGGGAACUUCUGUGCCCCCACCUCCAGAGAUGAGCGAGACAGCGCUGUACACUGCCUCUCUUGUGCCUCGGGAUGCUGGUGGAGGCUGGUGGAAGAGCUACAGGAUUCCCAGGGUAGACAAGGCUGAGUUCAAGCUUCUGGAACUGACCUGUGAUGUAGUCGAGAACAAAUUGGAAAGCAGCAGUGAAGGCACCACGUUGAAGAGGCUUUUUGCACAGACACACAAGCGGUUUAAGAUCUCAGAGGAGAGGCUUCGGGAGCACAUCAGCACCUUGGGCUUUCUGCAGCAUUCGGGAGUUGAGGGGCUUGCAGACCCUGGAGAUGACCCGUAUGAUUUCAAGGAGGGGGACAUUGAGUACAGCUUCCCUACAUCCAAAAGACUGAAGGGCCAGGGCCGGGAUCCAAACCGUAAAUCAAAGGGAGAGGAGAUGAACAGCAACAAUGCAGUGCCUGAAGGAAAAGAUGCCAUGUCCAUUUUUAGCUCCGCUCCUAAAUCUGAAGAACUGGCUCAAGAUGAGUCUGGAGCCAAGGCCAACCCCCCUCUAACAAGAGAGAAGGAUCUGAUAGUGCUAAUCUCUGACCUGGAAAAUAUCUUUGGGGAGGAGGAAGAUGAACUCGGGACCACAUUUCCGAAUCAUCAGCAGUCAACCAAGACUGUGGUCCCAGGAGCAGAAGAGCGCCCUAUGGGGAUUGAUGGUAGAGUAGCAGUGCCAUAUCCCUCAACAGUAGCAGAGCUUCAGCGAAUGUUCCCCACUCCGCCUUCUUUGGAGCAGCACCCAGCAUUCUCACCCAACAUGACAUAUCGUGAUACACCCAGCCAAGAGCCCCCUGCCCCCUCUGCUGGCCUGGAACACCCCAUCAGUGCCCAUGCCAACUGUCAGCUCAAUGACUUUAAGAUGGAGGUGGAGGACGGCAUGACCAGCCCCAAAGCAGAAGACACACGGGACUUCUCAUUUGUGUACCGUGUCCCCUCCGUCCAGCCACAGUUGGGCUCUUCCAUGUUUGCCCCUCUGCGGACCCUGCCCAGCCAGUGUCUGCCCCUGCUGAAGAUUCCUGAGCCAUGCUACUACAGGCCUUCCUGGGCCCUGCUACCCAAGAUGGAGCACUACUGCCUUCCAAACCAAGCCCCAUUCAUAAGAGACGGAUAUGUCAAUGUCCCCAGCAUCAGCACCCUACAGGACCAGGACUACAGCCAAAUGAGCACUGGUGCUGCCUCUGUUGGCACAGUGGGUGGAGUCCUCCCUUCUCCAGCCACGCCACGCUUCUCCGUCCCCACGCCCCGGACCCCUCGCACUCCCCGCGGCGUAGGCACAGCUAGUGGGCAAGGUUCGGUCAAGCAGGAUGGAACUGAGCUGAGCUCUCCUGCCUCCACACCUUCAGCCAGCCUGCCACUCAGCUCCGUAGAGCCAGUGCCAUGUGGGCCAGCCUUGCCAGAGGCCCACAGCCUCUAUGCCAUCUUGCUGCUGUCUGACUCAGUCCUGGACAUCUUCAAGGAUCGCAACUUUGACAGCUGCUGUAUCUGUGCAUGCAACACCAAUGUGAAGGGUGCAGACGUGGGCGUCUACAUCCCGGACUCCACACUUGAGGACCAGUACCGCUGUAUGUGUGGUUUCAGUGCCAUUGUCAACCGUAGACUAGCGCAUGGUGCUGGCCUCUUCCUGGAGGAUGAGCUGGACAUCUUUGGCCGUGGCUCGGAGGCCGGACGCGCUGCUGAGAGGAGGCUGGCGCUAUGUAGUAGGGAACCAUCAGCCGGCACGAGGCGAGGGACGCAGGAGCCGCCCCUGGCAGUUUUAGGUCUGAUUCAAGAACAGUGCUCCCAGCCUAUCUCCUCAUUGGCCUCACUACAUAAACCCGCUGCUUGUUCUUGCCGUAGCAGACAGGGGGCGCUCCUGCAGAGCUGGGUAGCUGACCGGCUGUGGGCAGACAGCAGUGAUGCGUGCGUGGAGUGCUAUAAUGCGCUGGUGCAAGGUCUUCAGUAUGUGGACAAUGCGGCAGGGGGAAAGGUGGAGCAGGCUUUGGUGAGGAGCACCGCCCUACACUCCUGGCCUCAAACGAAUGUGUUGGACAUCAGCAUGCUCUCCUCUCAAGAUGUGGUGCGGAUGCUGUUGUCCCUGCAGCCCUUCCUGCAAGAUGCCAUUCAAAAGAAGCGCACUGGUCGGACUUGGGAGAACAUCCAGCAUGUUCAGGGACCACUCACGUGGCAGCAGUUCCACAAGAUGGCCGGAAGAGGCUCCUAUGGUUCAGAGGAGUCUCCUGAGCCUCUGCCCAUCCCCACACUGUUGGUGGGCUAUGACCGAGACUUCUUGGCACUGUCCCCUCUGGCUCUGCCCUUCUGGGAGAAAUUGCUCCUGGAGCCCUAUGGGGGACAGAGGGACGUGGCAUAUUUGGUCCUUUGUCCUGAUAAUGACCCCAUACUCAAUGGAGCCAAAGCCUUCUUUCAGGAACUCAGCGCUGUCUAUGAGUCAUGUCGGCUAGGGAAGCACCGUCCAUUGGGUCGAGUGUCCAGAGAUGGCAUAGUCCGUGUGGGGUCAGAAGAAUUGGAAAAGCUGGAAGAGGACAUGCUGGACGAGUGGCUCGCCGGACCCUGGGCUGGACAACACCAGGAAGACCAUCUCAGCAAACUUAAGCUCUAUGCCCAAACCUGCAAACAGAAGCUAGCUCCACAACUCUCAACGCUGUCAUUGGACAGUAGUCUCCUCCUGCCCCCAAAGCCUCAGCCCAGUCCAGCUCCCGCCCAAACUGCCCAGUCUGCCUCUUCCAGCCAGCCCACCCCUGACGCAGAUACAGCAGCAUCAGCCCCUACUUCAGGAAACACGCCCACAGCUACACCCACGAGUACCAGCACGGGGCAGACUGGCUCCACUGAGCAGGGACAGAGCGAGACCAAAAGUGUCCCCAACUCUGCACUUAACGCAAACCAAGCAGCAGAGAGUAAUGAGAAUAACUCGGCAGAGCGAGAGCGAAUUGGCAUUCCAACAGUGGCCGAAUCAGCGGACAGCCACAUCCACCCUCCAGCCAUUGUACUGUAUAUGGUGGAUCCCUUCCUGUGUUCAGGAAUGGGCGCUGGGUCAGGGGAGGAUGAGGAAGCAGAGGAGGUGGAGUCGAGCAGCGUCUGGCUGCUGUCACUUUUGCGCUGCUUCACGGACAUGCUGAGCAUGUUGCCGGAGAGCGUACAGCCAGCACUGGUGCUGCAGGUGGUGCCGUGUCAGUACCUGUUGCAGCCGGCCAGUGGAGAGAGUCCUCUCUACCUGCAGCACUUGCGCUCUCUGGCUUUCUCCGCCCACUCGCAGUGCAGACGUCGGCUGCCCACGCAGACGCAGAUCAAAUCUCUCACAGGUUUUGGCCCAGCUGCCACCAUCGACUUUCUGCUCAAGAGCCCAGAGAACCCCAGCUCUAUGCAAGUGUAUUCUCCCCCCUUCAUCCUGGGCCCUACACGUAGUAAGCAGCAGGAGGCAGGAGAAGUGUGCUCGGAGGCUCCGGCCCGCUACAACGUACUCUUUGUUGGCUACUGCCUAUCCCAUGACCAGCGCUGGAUCCUGGUAUCGUGCACUGACCAGCAGGGGGAGCUCCUGGAGACCUGCAUUAUCAACAUAGAUGUCCCCAACAGGUCUCGGCGUCCCAAGUUCUCCCCACGCAAAAUAGGCCUGCAGAAGCUUUGGGAGUGGUGCAUUGGCAUCAUCCAAAUGACAGCAGUGCCCUGGAGGAUUGUAAUUGGCCGUCUGGGUCGAUUAGGUCACGGAGAGCUGAAAGACUGGAGCCUCCUGCUGGGGGAACACUCUCUGCACUCGAUCAGUAGGCAGCUGCGCGAGGCGUGUCGCAUGUGUGGCAUCUCAGCUGCUGACUCGCCGUCCAUCCUCAGUGCCUGCCUCGUCUCCAUGGAGCCCCAGGGGUCCUUUGUGGUCAUGCCAGAUGCUGUGACUAUGGGCUCAGUGUUCGGCCGCAGCACGGCACUCAACCUGCAGACGUCUCAGCUGAACACUCCACAGGACGCCUCCUGCACCCACAUCCUCGUCUUCCCCACUUCUUCCACUACCCAGGUGGCUCCCAGUUCCUACCCCACUGAGGACAAUCCUGAUGAUAUGUUUGGUCUGCCGUUCCCGGACGAGUUGGAGAAUGACAUUGGGCACGAUAUGAUGUUUUUUACGGGGAACCUGCACUCUUCCCCCAACACUUCGCCUGUGCCCUCCCCUGGAUCCCCCAAUGGCAUGGGGGUGGGCUCCCACUUCCAGCACACACGGAGUCAAGGAGAGCGGUUGCUAUCCCGUGAGGCUCCUGAGGAGCUGAAGCAGCAGCCUCUAGCUCUAGGCUACUACGUAUCCACUGCCCAGGCUGAAGGGUUGCCUCACUGGUUCUGGGCCUCCUGUCCUCAAGCGCAGAAUCAGUGCCCACUAUUCCUUAAGGCCUCUCUACACCACCAUAUUUCCAUCACUCAGACAGAUGAGUUGGUCUCCAGCAAGACUUCUCAGAGGAGCCCACAUCCACUGGACUCCAAAACCACUUCAGAUGUGCUCAGGUUUGUGCUGGAGCAAUACAAUGCCCUCUCCUGGCUAACAUGCAACCCUGCCACCCAAGACCGCCGCUCCUGCCUUCCUGUGCACUUGGUCAUCCUCAUCCAGAUGUACAAUGCCAUCUUGAAUAUCUUAUAGGACUAGUGGAGAGAGACCUGUCAGCUGAAGCAGGUGCUCUGUACUCUCUCCUUCUCAAAUGUAGCCUCCAUCAGCCUCAGCCACUAGGGUCGAAGGGGGAAAUGUGUCCAGCACUGCCUUUUUGGACUGACCUUUUGGAUGUCCAUCCCUGGCUUUUGGCUCAAGUGAUGAACAAAAACAGCUUGUACUCUCCAUGGAAGACGGUGAUCGUUUUGUUGGUAUUUGCAUUCGACCAUCUCUGAAACAAGCCUAGUACAAUCACUACCCUUUAACUCUCUCAGCCAUAUGGUAGGUUCAUAUGCCAUGUGGUCCGACCUGGAGAAAUGGAUGGAAACAUUGAGUCCUGCACUUUUAGAUCAACAUUUGCAUUUUAAAUGGCAGCCAUACUUUUGAAUUCUCUUUUUAGCUGACCUGCUCCAAGAUUUGAAUGGAUUCCCCUCAAGGAGGGUAACAGCUGUGCAACGUGUAAUAACACUAUGAUGAAAGAACUUUAGCCAUGACCUCAGAACGCCUCUGGUUGCUAUCAGCAGUCUUGUUAUUCUGUGCAUGUCCCUACACAAGUGUGGCGUACGUUGAUUCAUUGAUAAACUGGUGUACUAUUGAGUCAGUUGAUAUGUUUCUAAUACGGCCACAGCAGUUUGUUCUGAAGACUUGCCAAACGUCACACAGUCACUUACACUAUGGCCUAAUCCGAUAUGCAAAGCCUGAAGCCGAGCAGUUCAGAGACUCCAAACUGCCCACAAUGAGUUUGAGCCCCGAAAGGGUAAACAACACAUGCGUGGGCUGAUUUUACUCCACAGCAUCAUUUUUUUUUACACGUUUGUAAUGUAUUGUACAGAACUCCUCUGAGUGUCGCUCUCAGUUUGUAGAAGAAAGAAGGCGAAGAACUUCUUUCACUGACAGUGACUCAAUCAAUAAUGGCACUUUCAGCUCCCUCAGCUUUUUUUUUUUUUUUUUUUUUUUUUUUUUUUGAGGGGUCAAUUUUAUGGUUGUAGAUAAACUUGCCAACUAAUAUUUGACAUUGAAAUCGAAACAAUGAAAAGUGUAUUUGUUCAUAGUGUAAAGCAGACUUUGCAGAGAGCUAUUUUUAUUAAUGAAAUCAAAAAUUUGCAUAAAAAUGCAUCAAGGUCUUUUUUUCCAAAUUCAAAUUGAAAGCCUUGAGAUCAGAAAUGUUAACUCUAAUUUUAAAGAUAAUAAUUGUAACAGAAAAUGUUGAAAUGCCAUAUUUAUAUAUUAUAUAUAUCCCAUUGUAUAAUUACAUAUAUAUCAUAUCUCUUUCUAGCCACCACAGAUGGGAAAUAUUGUGGUAGGGGUUUACACAAACAAACAAAAAAAAUGUUUUAAGAGUACAGUAUAAAAGUUUAAGAAUGCAUAUUUCCUUUUUUAAUUUACAUUUUGGUCUUUUUGCCUUUUAAUUUAAUGAGCUAAGUUAAGAACUAAACGAUGCAGAAAAGAUAUAUUUAUGAAGUGUUCUCUUUUACUGCAAAAUGAACUUGAAAUAGGCAAUAGAUUUAAUUCAGUGUAUUUGAGCGUAAAGCAUAUUGUAUAUUUAACUAAUAUGCAUUAUUUGCAAGGCAGUUUUUUUUUUUUUUUUUUUUUUUUUAAAGAUGUCAAAAGUUUAAACCAUCUGAAAGGCCUGUUGCUCAUUCAUGGUCACUAAAAUUUGCCCUGUAAUUUGUAUACUCCCUUGCAUGUUUGUAUAUACACUUUUCAGCAGUGUUUUUUCAGAUUUCUGAAAGCUGUACAUUUCAUGCCAGUUUGAUUUCUUCUGUUCAACAUGACUCCUAUGAUGUUUUUUUUUUCUUUUCUUUUUUUUUUAAAUAUAAAUCUACAGUAUACCCACCUCAUUCAAAUACAGCCAAGGGUGCAUUGCCAAGACAUAUGUAUACUAAGGACAAAUACUUUGGGGCAGGUUUGUUACACCUACCAUCAUUUUGAAUAUCAAACAGAUCUGUCUCUGGGAAGAGAUCUGUAUCUUUUACACUUUUUUUAAGUAAAUUAUUCAAAUCUGAAAGCUGAA